AUGUCAUCUUGGUCUGGUUCUGUCUAUCCUCCUCCUCCACGUGGACGUUCGCGUUCUCGAUCUCCAUACCGUGGGGCUUACCCUCCGCGACCUGCGUAUCCGGAUCCCGCCUACCCCCAGGACCCGUACCGCGCCGACUGGGAGGCCUAUGAUAGGGACAGGGCAUGGGCCAAUUACGAAAGAGAGAGAGCUGCGUACGAGUAUAGCAGACGUGGCAGGAGUCGCAGCCCUCCAGCUGAGGAAGCUGGCAGGAAGCGCCGGCGCUCUCUGUCGCCCUGGGAUCGGGAGAGGUUCGAGCCAAGGCCUCGGUACGGUGAUGACUACGAUACCCAUUCUCGUGGGUACGGUCAUGCGUCACCCCAUCGUGGUUCAUAUCCGCCUCCGCCUCCCUAUGGUACCUUGCGCCGUGCCCCUCCAGAUCCUCAUACUUUCGAUUAUCCAGCUUCGCUUAAACAGUACGCGGAAUGGUUUCGUUACUAUUAUCCUCAGCAAGCCAUUGAGGAGGACAAUGCCGACAAGGCUGCUGAACAAGAGGCUGGAGACGGUUCGAAACCUCGUAACGGCAUUCGGUCACGAUGGGAAAAGUAUAAAAAGGACUUCGCCGCUCAACAGCUUCAACGAAUGUUCGAGCAUCACCGCAAAUCUCCUUGGUUCGCAGAGAAAUACGAACCAUCUCCUGAGUUUGUGCAGCUCAGGACACGAGUGCGCAAGGUUGGUUGGCGAAGGAGAAUAGACGCCUUCGUCAUGGACCUAGAAGCUGGCAAGUUUGACCCAGACGUGGACGAGCCUGAGCAGGAAGCUGCGUCCCCUGUUAAGGAGACUGCCCCUAACGGAGAGGCUGCCGUCAAUGGCAGCGAGAACGGUGGCAUGCAGACAACUCCUGCUGAGGAAGUCAAGCCGAAUGGCGGCGAUGACGACAUGCAGUUCAACGGCGAAGCAGAGGACGAAGCUGGUGACAAUGAACAGUCGCGCCUCGACGCCAACGGUAAAGCAUCUGCCAAUGAUCCCAAGCGUGGUAAUCGCGGCGAGGAGAUUUCGGUGCAACCAGAGGGCAACCAGGUCAUGAUCCGAACUAUUCCUCCUGACAUUGGCCGAGUAAAGUUGGAAGAGGCGUGUGGCAAGAUCCCUGGUUUUGUCUAUCUUGCCCUAGGAGACCCUCUUCAGAAACGGAACUACUACCGCGCUGGCUGGCUAAAAUUCCGUGAAGAUACUGAUAUGCCGUCGGUAGUGGCAGAGCUUUCGGAGAAGAAGAUUGAGGGCUUCAAGCUACACGUUGCGCACAUCACCAAGCCUUUCACUGGUCGGGUGCGUUACGCGCCUGAGGUUGCGAGCAAACCAGAUCGAUUGCGCAAGGACCUUGAGAAUGCCAAGACUCUGGCCGCUUUGCUGGAGGACGAGUACGAAAAACUUCGGAAGAUGAAGGUCGAGAAGACUGACGUAAACGGGACAUCAAAUGCCAUUGGUGCUGAGAAUCCUGAUACAGUGAUGACUGACGCGACAGAUGCUGAAGAGGAUGACCCUGAACCGAGGGAGCGCGGGAGCGAGGCAGUGGAGAGACGAGUUGAAAAGAUCAUGGCCGACUUGCGCGACCAAGGUCUUGUAGAUGCGUCGGACGAAAAGGCUCUGGAAGCGAAGAAGACGGUAGUUUCGCUCGACCUGUAUCUUGCCUAUCUUCGUGCUGCCUUUCACACAUGCUAUUACUGCGCAGUUGUUACCGAUCACAUAGAGGAAUUGCAGCGCAAAUGUGUUAAGCAUGUAAGGAAGCCUAUGUCGAAAGCUCUUCUCCAAGAAGUGAGAGCCGCCGAAGCACAGAGGGCUGAGCGCGAGCAAAGAGCGGAAGGCGAGGGAGAUGAGGAGAAGCUGAAGGAGAAGGAUGUUUCCUCCAAGGAGAAAUCGGAGAACCGGGAUUGGAAGAGGAAUGAUGAGCGAUGGCUGGAAUGGCUUGAUUCCAAGGUUGCUCUACUAAUCAAUCGUAAUGGCGUCGAUCCUCGAGACUACGCUGGCAAGAGCUACGAGGAGGAGCUAUCUAAGGCGGCUGAGCCUCACAUGAAGCAAGAGGACGAAGGUAAAUUCCGCUGUAAGACAUGUCAAAAGCUCUUCAAAGCUACGUCAUUUGUCGAAAAGCAUAUUGCCAACAAGCACCCAGAGCUUGUCAAACACCUUGAAGAGAUUCCUUACUUCAACAAUUUCGCUCUUGACCCUCAUCGAAUUCAGCCAUUCGCUCAUCCUCCUCCUACUGCUGGCACCAGCCAGGCGCCACCACCCCAGGCAUAUGGCCUCCAAGGGCCUGCUUACCCUGCGGCAGAUUAUGGUCGAGCAGGACCUCACCCUGCACCGUAUGGCGGAUAUCCUCCUCCGCCCUACUCGAAUGGCUACUGGGACCCAUAUGUCUAUCCUUACCCUCCGGGUGCGUAUCCUACGCCUCCGCCACGGCGAGAUGAAGGCGCGUCAGUUCGACGUCUAAGCGACCGUAUUAGCGGGUUUGCCCCUGGUUACGAACACACCGUGGAGGUUCCUCCCAUUCCAGCAUCAGCGGGGCUUCCUGCUAAGCCUGUGGCAACGCUCGAACCGGGACCGGGUGGUCGAAGGGGUGGGCGUACCAGCGUGAGUGGUCCGCCGCCGCCGCCGCCUCCCGAUGCAAAGGAAGAUCCUAGAGCGUCGGCCGGCAAGAAGGUUAGCUAUCACGAUAUGGACUUGGUUGCUGAGGGAGACGUUGAGCUUCAGUACUAA